AUGAACAGCCAGCUCAGUAGCAGGUGCAGGGCCAGAACGGCCGCGGAGAUCCACAUCAUGACCAUCACCCUGCUCUGGGCCUGCAGGAACUUCAUGAUCGGGAAGUUAAUGGCGAAGGCGAACAGCUCUGGGAUCAUCCACAGCGAGAACUUCCCCGCGAGCUCUGCAAUCUCCGCGCUCUGCCCCAAGAGCCUGAGGAUGGGCGAUGCGAAGAGGUAG